AUGGCUCCAACGUUACAACAGUGCCCCGUCUGCUUUAACCACUAUAGAAGCACUCCAGACGGGAAGUUAUGUCGGCACGGAGGUAAACCUGGGUUGCCCACACGGUCGUCGGCCGCAUCGGUCUCCGGUGAUCCUCUCGGCCUGGAUUACUCUGGUGUUUUUGACAAGCUGACGACCGUGCUGAAAUGUGUACCGGUGUACGACCAUAUCCCUAAGCCAUGCAGGGAGAAGUUCGCACAUGAUCUGAACGCCUUGCUGACGGCUGAACCAUCCGGCAUUUCUGCGCAUGAUGGUAGGCGCCCAGACGGAUGCACGCUAAUACCUUGGAGAGCCGGCAGAUGUUUGGCGUGGGAUGUUACGGUCCCUGGCACCCUCGCCGAACGAUACGUAAACCUGACAAGUAAAGAAUGCGGUUUGGCCGCGGCCAGGGCAGCGGACGAGAAAAUGAAAAAAUAUGGGAACGCCCUCCCCUCGAUGGAAUUCUUGCCAAUAUGCAUCGAGGUUCUUGGCCCGAUGGACCCCAACACCCUUAAAUUUCUUAAGGAAAUAUGCAAAAUGAUCAGCGUCAGAUCAGGCGACAGCAGGGAACUGUUUUUCGCAACUAACCACAUUUCGUGCUUGUUGCAGCGGUUCCUGCGUGUCUGUGUGCUUGAAAAUAUCCAACUGAAUGCCGACAUGUGCAAUUAA